CGAUGCUACCUACCUAGCGGGAGCCGAUCCAUUCCAGGCGGAUCCAUUUCAAGUUGCACUCAGCCGGCUUUCAAACGGUCGGGGGGCAGAGAUCGUGAUGAGCAACGGCACUGAGCAGUAGAAUUACAGUACUUUGAACUUCGUCUCAGCAAGUGAAAAAGCUUUCAGUCUCCUAGACUAGCACGUCAAGUCAACGUAAAGCAGGACAGAAAUUAUGUUCUACAUCUCCAGGACUGUUUUGACGCACGCUGUUCUCACAGCAAGAAUUAUGCACAGAUUGAUUGGGUUCGCAAAAGUGAACGUGUCAAACAGUUUGUUUGCUAGAUCCCAGCAACACAAGAACUUAAGUAUAUCAGCCAAAACCAGUGCACCAAAGGUACAAACAUAUAGCUAUGUAAUAGUGGGAGCAGGUUCUGCAGGAUGUGUCUUGGCCAACCGUCUUUCAGAAGAUCCUGAUAAUUCGGUGUUGCUUUUGGAAGCGGGACCUAAAGAUACAAUAUGGAACAGCAAGAGACUCAUGUGGAAAAUUCAUAUGCCAGCAGCAUUGAUAUACAAUCUAUGUGAUGAUAAGUAUAACUGGUAUUAUCAUACUGUAGCUCAGAAACAUAUGAAUAACCGUGUAAUGUACUGGCCCAGAGGUCGUGUUUGGGGAGGAUCCUCUUCAUUGAAUGCAAUGGUCUAUAUCCGUGGACAUGCAGAGGAUUAUAAUCGUUGGGAGAGACAAGGUGCUAUUGGUUGGGAUUACGAUCACUGCCUUCCUUAUUUUAGGAAGGCACAGUGUCACGAGCUAGGAGCUGACAGGUAUAGAGGAGGAAACGGACCUUUACAAGUAUCACGUGGAAAAACAAACCAUCCUCUUCAUAUCGCUUUCCUUGAAGCUGGGCAACAGGCUGGCUACCCAUUUACUGAUGACAUGAAUGGAUUUCAGCAAGAGGGUGUCGGUUGGAUGGAUAUGACAAUUUACAAAGGAAAAAGGUGGAGUGCAGCCACUGCCUAUUUGUCCCCUGCUUUGUUACGCAGAAACUUAACAGCAGAAGAGAAAACCUUUGUAACUAAAAUUUUGUUUGAUGGCACCAAAGCCAUUGGAGUUGAAUACAUUCAAGCUGGAUUACCAAUAAAGGUCUAUGCCAAGAAAGAAGUGAUCCUAAGUGGAGGCUCAAUUAACUCACCCCAGCUUCUUAUGUUAUCUGGCAUUGGCAAUGCAGAUGACCUUAAAGCAUUGGGAAUUCCUGUUGUUUGCCACCGUCCUGGUGUGGGCCAGAAUCUGCAAGACCAUCUAGAAUUGUAUGUACAACAACAAUGCACUGAACCUAUUACUCUGUACCAAUCUCAAAAACCAUUCAAGAUGAUCAGGAUUGGCCUGGAAUGGCUUUGGAAAUUCACAGGUAGAAUUUUGUUACCUUCUAAUAAUUUGGACCUUGAAAUAAACAUCAAUACUUCAGGAUCAGUUCACGUGGGCCCAAUGAGACCCACAAGUGUUGGUUGGAUGAAGCUCAAGAGUGCAAACCCCACAGACCAUCCAAUUAUUGAACCAAACUACUUAUCUACAGAAACUGAUGUCCUGGAACUCCGUGAAUCAGUGAAGCUAAGCAGGGAAAUUUUUGCUCAAAAGGCAUUUGAUAGAUUCCGUGGUCCAGAGAUCACACCUGGAAGCCAUAUCCAAACAGAUAAGGAAAUUGAUUCUUUUGUGAGAGAGAAAGCUGAUAGUGCCUACCAUCCAUCGUGCACCUGUAAAAUGGGCCAACCUUCUGAUCCCAUGGCAGUUGUUGACCCUGAGACUAGAGUUAUAGGGGUGGAGAACCUGCGGGUUGUUGAUUCUUCUAUAAUGCCAAGUGUUGUUAGUGGCAAUUUAAAUGCCCCCACAAUCAUGUUGGCUGAGAAGGCUGCUGACAUCAUCAAAGGGUGUCCAGUGCUCUGUGACAAGGAUGUUCCUGUUUAUAAACACAAAUCUUAAACUUCCAACCAUGAAAAGGUGAUACACAUUUAAAUUCUCUCCUAAAGUUGAUAUUUUUCACCAAUGGACUAAAAGUAGAAUAUUUAAAAUUGUACUCAAUAAAAGGGGAAAACCCCCAAAUUUUUGUUAAUGACGUAAUUGGUACAAAAUAGAACAUUUUUGAACCUAAUGUAUAUCUUGCAUCCUUUCACUUUCAAUGAAAUUUUCCUUCAUUUAGUUAGUUAAUCACAUUAAAUAUCAUGUAUUUCACUUAAUAUUGUCUCUGAUGUUAUGUCUGAUAUCAUUUGUUCAAACCUAUGCAAAAUGAAAAGGGCUUUGGUUUGCUUAUGCAUCAGUUAUGCAAAAUACAUGUAUAGCAUAACCCCUUUGUUAAUAUCCAAACUUGUGAUUGAUUUAUAAUAGCUUAACCGGAACUGCUGUAGCCUUAUUCAGAUAUUCAACUGUUGAGAAAAGUUUGACUCAGUCUUCUAUGCUGUAAACAUCUACUUGGUCUAUCAUAUCUGUGUAGUCAAUAAAGAUUUAACUACAUUAAUCCCAUUUUCCAGCACUUGGUACAUAGCCCUUGUGACUAUGGUAGUGCAGUGAAUGUGAACAUCCAAAUGCUACUUAAAUGUCAAGAGUUUUUGACUCAACCAUUCUUUUAGACAGUGAAUUUCAGAGUCCCACUAUUGUCCGAGUGAAAAAAAAUUCAUCUCAACUCUCCUCUUAGCCUUCUACAUCUCAGCUUGAACCUAUGGCCCCCUGUUAUUGACCAGUUUGCUAAUGGAUAACGCUUUAUCCACCCUAGCUACAGCCUUCAUAACCUUACACACCUCUGUUAGGUCCCCUCUCAGUCUUCACUACUCUAAAGAAAACAACCCCAGCCUAUCCAGUCUUCCUUCAUAGUUCAGACCCUCUAGCCCUGACAGCAUCCUGGUAAAUUUUCUCUUCACUAGAGAGGGUGAAGUUAUAUCCUUCCAUUAAUGUAGUGGUCAGAACUGUACACAUUAUAUAACACUACUCCAGCUCUGCCCUGACCAAAGUUCCAGCAUAACUUCUUUGUUCUUGCAUUUGUUAGCCGAAGCAUAGACUACAAGUAUCACAUAUGCCUUCUUAACCAUCUUAUCUAUCUGUCCUGCUACCAUCAGGGAUCUGUGGAUACGCACACCAAGGUGUCUUUGAUCUUCAGUACACUUGGUCCUCAUUACCCAAGAGGAAUGGGGGAACUGACUUCCUAUAUAAAACAAAAAAAAAGUGAAUACUACUAAGUGUAUCUACAUACAUACUACCUAUGUAUCCAGUACGCCCACCAAAUAAACAUAAACAUGCCCUUUGUUGCUCUAAAAGCAUUAAUGAAUGCUCACACCCAGAUGGUGCAGGAGGUAUGUGUGGAGGAAUACAUCUGUACACAUACCUGCUUUUUUGGAGGUGUUUUAAAUCUUUUUGGUUUGGCUCAAAGCCUCUGAAAGAAUUCAGAAUGGAUUCUGAGGUUUACCUCACAAAAAUGCAGAUUUGUGGGUAGCAAAUCCAUAGAUACCAAAGAUUGAAUGGACUUUCCAAGGUCCUACCAUUCACAAUGUAAUCCUUUGCCUUGUUAGCCCUCCCCAAAUGCAUUACCUCACACUUUUCUGGUUGAAUUCUAUUUACCACUGCUCAAUCCAGUUGACCAGUCCAUUGAUAUUUUCUUGCAGUUUAUGGCUAUUCUCCUCACUAUUUACCACCCUACCAAUUUUUAUAUUGUCUGUGAACUUCUUGAUCAUAUCUCCUGCAUUUAAAUCUAAAUUGUUACAACAAAUUCCCUAGCACAGAGCCCUGUGGAACUGCACUGGAAACAGACUUCCAGUCACAUAAACAUCUCUCUACCAUCACCCUUUGCUUCCUCCCUCUCAGCGAAUUUUAGAUCCCAUGUGCCACUUUGCCUUGGAUCUCAUGGGCUCUUUCUUGAUCAGUUUACUAUGAGGGAUGUUAUCUAAAGCCUUGCUAAAGUCCAAAUGGAAUAUGUCAAAUGCAUGACCGUCAGCAACAUUCUUGAUACCUCCUCAAAAAAUUCAAUCACGUAUGUUAAGCACAGCCUUCUCUUAAUAGGUCACUGUUGGCUAUCGCUGAUUAAUCUGAAUCUUUCCAAAUGCUGAUAUAGUCUGUCCCUCAGAAUUCUUUCUAGUAACGUCCAAAUCACCACUUCAACUAAGAAUUUUAAAAUCAUAAAAUUGCUAAACUGUUUCAACUAGAACAUGGCCUUACUCUGCCUUCCAACCUGCCAAGAUAUUUGCACAGUUUAAAUUCUGCCUUCUUGAGCAUCCUUGAUUUUAAUAGCUGCACCACUGACAGUGGGCUUUUAUCUGACCUUGGCCCGAAGCUCCGGAAUUUCUACCUUAGUACCUCUUUACCUCUCCAUUUUUAAUACUCUCCUUAAAACCUAAGGUUUUGAUCAUCUGACUAAAUAUGUCUCUAGACGACUUAGUGUCACAUAUAAAAGCACUGUGUAAAUGCUAGGGAUAUGAAAUAGAAACUCAGCAGGUCUGGUAGCAUCUGUGGUGAGAUUUAGUUAAUUUUUGAAGUUCAUUAUGACUUUUUUUUUGGAAUGAUGAAGUUACGAAGAAGAGUUAUAUCGGACUCGAAAGUGUCUUCCUCCUGGGCCUAUUAAAAUAAAUUCAACCAUACUAAAUUAAA